CCACUUCUCUAAGGUCUGCUUGCUGGGUGACCAGCGCGCGGCACAGAGGGGACUCCACAGCCAUCUUCUAGCAAAGGGCAGUGCUUGGGCUGGGGGGAGGAGCAGCCUGGUAGGUUCGCGGGCACCGAGGGCGGCCCAGCUCCGAGCCCUGCGGCUUUCGCCCGCCGGAGCGAGAGCCGGCUGUAGGCGGCUCCUUCCUGUGCAAACUUUUCUGUCCUCUUCCUCCUCCCGCCCGCCCCACGAGCUUCUCGGCGCCCAGCGUCCAGGCUCCCCGCCCUUGGCGCUGCCUCGGGGUCGCCGCGUCCCGCAGCGCAGCCCUCGGCGCCGGCCCCACCCCGCGCUCCCGGCCGGCCGCCGCCUGAAGCCGAUGGCCGAGGCGGGCAGACGCUCCGUGGAGCCCCUGGGCGGGCCCGCCGGGCCGGCAGCGGCCGAGGCCCCCGAGCCCCAGGAGCCCGCCCCGCGGCCGGCGACGGCCCUGCGCAGGCUGCCCGGGGACCCGAGCCCCCGCGGCCGCUCCCAGAGUGACCUGUCGUCGUGCUCCAGCAGGGGCCGCCCGCUCCGGGUCCACAUCUCCGGCUCAGUUGAUGGACUGGACAAAGCUUCUCUAGCAAAUUCAGAUGGCCCAACAGCAGGCUCACAAACACCUCCCUUCAAGAGAAAGGGGAAACUCUCCACCAUCGGUAAAAUCUUUAAACCUUGGAAAUGGAGGAAAAAGAAGACCAGUGACAAAUUUAGAGAAACCUCAGCAGUAUUAGAAAGGAAGAUAUCCACAAGACAAAGUAGAGAGGAGCUGAUAAGAAGGGGCGUUCUUAAGGAGUUGCCUGAUCAAGAUGGAGAUGUAACAGUUAACUUUGAAAAUUCAAACGGGCACAUGAUACCCAUCGGAGAGGAAUCUACCCGAGAGGAAAAUAUAGUAAAAUCUGAAGAAGGUAAUGGCUCUGUAGCUGAAAAGGCGCCACCUCUGGAGGAAAAGGCAGAAGAUAAGAAAGAGAACACUGAAAACCACUCUGAAACACCGGCAGCUCCUGUUCCAUCUCCUCCAGCUCUUCCUAAGCCUAAACCCAAACCUAAGCCCAAAAAAACACCUGUGCCUCCAAAAGGGGCUGCCGCCGGGGUCAGCCCCAAGGGUGACGAAGUGCCUCCUAUUAAAAAAAUUACCAAGGUGCCUGGUAAGCAGGCCCCCAUCCCUCCACCCAAGCCAACGAGCCGAAACACGACCCGAGAGGCUGCUGGUUCCUCUCAUUCAAAAAAAACAACUGGGUCCAAAGCAUCAGCUUCACCAUCUACUUCCUCCACCUCGUCUCGUCCCAAAGCUUCAAAGGAGACACUUUCUAGCAAAACAGGGACAGUGGGAAUCACAAAGGGCAAGAAAAAAACUGGCAAGCAGCCAACCUCUCGACUGGCCUCGGAUGCAACCACGUCUGGCAUGUCCGACCUUAAAGGAGAACCUUCUGAGAUGAGGGUGGAGAGUCUCAAACCUGAGCAGACUGUCCCCGGGACCGAGGAGCAGACCACAGGCAAAUCUAAGUCUGCAGUCCCCCCACCUCCUGUGGCUCCACCACCUUCUCCCCCCGCCCCUCCUCUUCCUCAUGAGGAGCAGUGCACUGUUGCCUCAGACACUCCUGUUGUCCUGGUCAGUGAUGGAGCUGACCUGCCCAUCCCUGCCUUAGACCCAAGUCAGCUUCUCUGGACCGAAGAGCCCACCAACAGAACCACUGUCUUCUCAGGCCCUGGCUUAAGUGUUAGCAGAGAAAAUGCAAAAUGUUUUACAACCAAAGAUGAGCCGGGAAAGGUAGCCCCUCAGCUGCUGACUCCUGGGCUGUUGGGAGAAUCUUCAGAAUCCUUCAGUGCCCCUGAGGACGAAGGCCAAAGGGAGUACCAGACCAAUGACUCAGACUCUGAUGGGCCUGUCUUGUACACUGAUGACGACGAUGAUGAAGAGGAUGAGGACGAGGACGGCAGUGGAGAAAGUGCUUUGGCAAGUAAAAUACGACGGAGGGAUACUCUUGCUAUCAAACUUGGCAACAGACCGUCAAAAAAGGAACUAGAGGACAAAAACAUCUUGCAGCGUACAUCUGAAGAGGAGCGGCAGGAGAUCCGACAGCAGAUUGGAACCAAGCUCGUCAGGAGGCUUAGCCAGAGGCCCACGACUGAAGAGUUAGAGCAAAGAAAUAUCCUAAAACAAAAGAAUGAAGAAGAAGAACAAGAAGCAAAAAUGGAACUUAAGCGCAGACUCAGUAGAAAGCUCAGCCUGAGACCCACAGUGGCAGAGCUACAAGCUCGAAGGAUCCUGCGGUUUAAUGAGUAUGUAGAAGUCACCGAUUCUCCCGACUACGAUCGCCGGGCAGACAAGCCCUGGGCCAGGUUAACACCUGCAGACAAGGCAGCAAUAAGGAAAGAACUAAAUGAAUUUAAAAGCACAGAAAUGGAAGUUCAUGAAGAGAGUCGACAGUUUACAAGGUUUCACCGUCCAUAACGAAGUGUGAGACUCUUUGGAAACAUGGACUGAUCAUCUUUGGGGGAAGCCUCUCUUCCUGAAAACCUGAUAUUGCACUGGGAUUUGAAUGUGUGUGUUUCCGUUUAACUGGUGAAGGAAGUGUAUGGGAAGUGCUCCCUGCCUGCAUGGCCCAGGUGGGGCCAACAAGCAAUGGGAGGGGUGCAUGACUCUGCUGUCCAGCAUGUGUAUUAAUGGUAAGCAACACCAUGGUCACACCAGUUAUUCUCCAUCAGGAGUUUUAAUCAAAGAAGAUGAGCAGAAGACAAUCGCUGGCUCCCUGUUAACAGAAAGCCAAAUUGUAGAGUACGGGUUAAAGAGAAAUCGGGGCCUGGAGCUGCUGGUCACGGGAAAAGGGUGGGGGUGGAAAAUCAGAAAAAAAGAUAAAUAUUUCAUUAUGUUAAUGAAGAAAAGAGAAAAUCGAAGCAUAAAUAUUUUUGAAGUAGGCUUUUGGUAGCUGAGAACUUACUAAGAUAUGGGAAUCUAAUCACCUAAUGUGGAUUCCUUAAAGACCUGAUCCUAGAAGAAUAUUCUCAUUCCACCGUUAUGUUGGUGCAGUAUAGUACCAUUAUUUUGCGUUGUGCCAGUGAAUCCAAUUGCCAGAAAUAGGUCUGAGUGUUUUCAUGCAUCUUUUUCUUAAAUGCAAGAGACUUUUAUUGACUCUUAACAAGCAUGCCUGUCCAAAUUUUGUUGCAUGUUUUAAGUAGCAUAGCUAUACACACUUUUUUUUAUACUCCUUAUCUAAUGUACCAAACUUCUACAAGGAUAACAGGACUGGGAAUAAAGUCAGAUGAAUGUGAUCGUAGAAAUCUGUAGGAAGCUUUAGAAAUAAAUCUUUUGGUCUUUCCCUAGCUCGAUUAUCUUCAAAAUUGAGGCAACCAUACUUGAUCUAAGGAAGAUAAUAUUGACAAUCACAGCAUGAUUUUUAAAAAUCUGAGUCCAAAGUUAAAACUUAAGCAAAUGCAAGUGUUCUGCCAGCAGUUAGUUCUGAAUGGGCAUGGAAAGGACUACUUAUUUUCAGAGCUGCAUUAAGUUAGAUUGCUGCUAUUAAAAAAAAUUAAGUAUGUGGAUCAAAAAAGUACCCGAAGGCUUAAAAGAACACAGAAAAUUCCUGCUAAGUUGCAAGUGAGGAGAACCUCAUUUUGUAUUUUAAGAGUCUGCAGAUUGCAUCCAUAAAUAUAGCAUUGACUUGCAAUGCAAAAGAAAGAGUGAGAUUAAAGGUUUCUCUGUGAAGGAAGGUUUCUCCGUGAGCCUAUAGUCAGUAUUGUUUACAUUCAGAAACCCUCAAUUGCCAUCUUGCUAUUUUCCCUGGAGUUGCAGGCACAGCCUGGCUUCAGCUCCCAAACACCAGAUGUAAAUACUACCUUGCAUUCAGUUGUUCUUUCAUGAUUGUUUUGUGCUCCUUUUAUUAAAAACACAUGAGACAUAUAAUAACAAGACAAGACUAGUAGACUUUAUUUUAUUCUCAGAGCUUGGGCUGGAAUUUUCUGAAGGGCUUCUGGUUCAUGAUAUGGAAGACUGUAAAUUGCAAUUUCAACCAAAAAAGCAAACAUUUACUCUGGUGGAUAAGUUUGGAUCCUGUCAUUCAUUUAUAUUUUAUAGAACCACUAAAAUUGGGUGAUUUUGCUUAAAAAUAAAAGGCUUUAGAAAAAGCCAGGACCAUUUUAUAUCUAAGAAAAGUAAGCAGCAUUGUUACACCUUUUGCCGUACUCAGCUCUGUGCAUAAUAAACCCAGAUUUUGCGCUGUUGCUAUUUCAUUACUAGUUUAAGAUGAAACAAAUGUUCUGCAUGCCCAGGUGUCUUUCUUUGGCUCAAAGGUUUUGUACGUUUCAUAGUAUUUAAAUCCAACCAUGGAUGUUAACUUUGUUCUAAUUUUUUGGCCGAAGCCAUCCUUUUCCUUAAUAUUGUAUUAUCAUUGUUGUGUCUUGGGAAAAAUUUCAAGGAAUAUAAUGUUACUUUAAUUUUCUAUACUUCAGGUCCUUAAAUGUUGUACUAAUUUUUAAUCACGAGGCUUCUAUAAAAUGGUAAAUAUAAGACGUUAUCACUGUUUUAGCACUGAAGAUACAGGUCAUAGAAAGUCUCUACUUGGUUGGUAAAAGAAGCAGUUUUUUCCCACUCCUGGUGCAUGUGAUGAAGUUUUUAAUCCCCUACAAUGAGAUGCACCCCAGUACAAAGAUGAGACUCCAGUCCCUCCGUAUGCUCUUUUGCUUAUAUGAUAUGUCAGAUUUUUGAACCACCCACACUUUAUACCAAUUGACACAUUUAGAGAAAAGUUUAAAAGUUAGAGCGAAAUUUAAAAGUCACAAAUAUUACCACUGCUAGUCUAAUAUUUAAGAAUUGAAACCGCCAGUUACAUCAUUAGAAUGAUUCGAAUAGAAGGAUUGUGAGCUAACCUGUAUUUUUCAGAAUAAGUCUCUGCAUUCAUAGCUAAUUUUAAAGUGUUUUUAUUUAUUUGACAAACAGAGAUCACAAGUAGGCAGAGGGGCAGGCUGGGGUGGUGGGGGAGG